UGAAGCGGACAACGCCCGGCUUUGGCGUCAGCGGCGGCCGGUAUUCGAUGUCAGCCUCACCUACAUUUCUCAUAAAUAUCCUUUGCCUCUGGUCCUUGCUCCUGGCUGGAUCAGAAAUUUGAGGAUGACAGCUUUCCCACCGGCUCUCUUUCAGAAUCUGAUGGAGUCCCUAACCCAGUGGGAUUCUCUCACACCUCUGUUUCUUGCUUUUUGUGGCAUUCUCGCCGUCGCCUGGUAUGCCUGGAUCUGCUUCACCAAACCCAGCUCUAAGCCACCUCCAGGUCCCCGAGGCCUCCCCUUGUUCGGCAAUCUUCUCUCAAUAGAUCCAGAGCUUCACUCUUACUUUGCCUCUUUGUCUCAAACCUAUGGUCCUAUCUUCUCGCUCCGACUUGGAUCCAAAACUGCCGUCGUCGUUUCAUCUCCUUCAAUUGCUCGCCAAGUGCUCAAAGACCAUGACGUCACUUUCGCCAACCGUGACGUCCCUGUCGCCGGCAGGUUAGCCACCUACGGCGGAAAAGACAUUGUUUGGACUCCUUACGGACCUGAGUGGCGGAUGUUGAGGAAAGUUUGUGUGCUUAAGAUGCUCAGCAACACCACCUUGGACUCCGUUUAUGAGCUCCGUCGGAGGGAGAUCAGAAAAACCGUGGGAUAUCUGUACAGCCGGGUCGGGUCUCCGGUGGAUAUUGGGGAGCAAAUGUUUCUUACCAUAUUAAAUGUGAUUACGAACAUGAUGUGGGGUGGGACGUUGGAAGGAGAUGAGAGGGCAGCUGUGGGGUCGGAGUUCAGGGAAGUGGUGGCGCACAUGACGGCGCUAUUGGGGAAACCCAACCUGUCGGACUUCUUUUCUGGGUUGGCCUGGUUUGAUUUGCAAGGUGUUGAGAAACAGAUGCGUUUAUUGGCUCGGCGGUUUGAUCAGAUCUUCGAGAAGAUGAUUGAGCUGCGACUGAGGAAGAACAACGAAAGUGGAAGUGGAGAAAGUAAAGAUUUUUUGCAGUUCCUGUUGAAAUUGAAGGAUGAAGAGGAUUCUAAAACGCCACUCACCAUGACCCACAUUAAGGCCCUCCUAAUGGAUAUGGUGGUGGGUGGAAGCGACACGUCUUCCAACACAAUUGAAUUUGCGAUGGCUCAUAUCAUAAAUGAACCUAAGGUGAUGAGAAGAGUCCAAGAAGAAUUGGACAGCGUAGUGGGAAGACAAAACAUGGUAGAAGAGUCUCACAUUCACAAACUCCCAUACCUAUUUGCGGUGAUGAAAGAAAGUCUUAGGUUGCAUCCUGCUCUUCCUCUAUUAGUUCCUCAUUGCCCAAGUGAAAGCACCACUGUGGGAGGCUACACUAUCCCAAAAGGUUCUCGAGUGUUCAUCAACGUGUGGGCCAUACAUAGGGACCCUACCAUUUGGGUCAAUCCUCUAAAGUUCGACCCCACAAGGUUCUUAGAUUCUAAAUGGGAUUUUAGUGGGAAUGACUUUGAGUAUUUUCCAUUUGGGUCUGGACGAAGAAUAUGCGCAGGAAUAGCCAUGGCUGAGAGGACCUUUCUGUAUUCUGUUGCAACCCUAAUGCAUUCAUUUGACUGGAAGAUUCCUGAAAGCCAAGAGUUAGAUAUGUCCGAGAAAUUUGGUAUUGUAUUGAAAAAGAAAGUUCCUCUCGUUGCUAUUCCCACGACCCGGUUGUCAAACACAGCUCUAUAUGAAUAGAAACAUAUGUAUGUUAAUUAAGUUGAGGAAUCAAUAAUCAUGUAGACAGGAGAAUAUUUAAAAAUCUUAAAGUCAAUAAUGCAAUUAUGGCCACUUAUUUAUGUGUUUGAUUAUCCAUGGAUAUAUGUAUCAUUAAUCCACUGAUUUUCCAGAGAA